AUGGGCCGGUUGGGUGGUUGUGGGAUCGCGAGAAAACUGCCUAAUUAUGGCCGGUCGACUGAAUUUGACAUACAUACAGUUGUUCCUCGAGAGAAUCCGUGCUACAGCCAGCCCAAUUUCAAAAAGAAAGAAAGAAAGACCGGAGUUGGCGUCGAGAAGGAUUCGGCUUACUCCCGUCGAGCCGAUUGGAAGGGAAUCAAUCGAUCGGGCACUCAAAGAGAUCCAAGACUUUCUUCUUCUUUCAUCCUCAAGCACUCCUCACACUUCAUCCAAUCUGUUCGCUAUAUCGACCCUCCCAAGUCGGUCAACAGACAGCCGUGUGGAAAAGCACCGAUUACAUACUGCGAACCUCCUAAAAGGAAAGGGAAACAAAUCAAGAGAAAAGAGCAGACGCACUAA